GGUGGCAUCAACUGUGUGAGAAAUCGGCGAGAUGAAAGCAGGAGCUGGGUGCUGCGCGCUGCACCUGUGGGAGGAGUGUGUGCACCUGCGGACACUCACUGCGCUGCCUUGCUGAGCGGCACACUGCAACUACUUCUUCUUUUUGCUCCAGCACAAGCGGACACCUGAGCCAUGGACGCAGAGGAGAAACCCCCCGCCGACCAGGGCGUGCAGCUCCUGGACAUCAGCUCCAACUCGCCCCCACCUGAGCCCGAAGGUGCGCGGGACUCCGAGCAGCUGGAGAAGCCGCCGUACUCCUACGUGGCUCUCAUCGCCAUGGCCAUCAAGGAGAGCCGGGACAAGAGGCUGACUCUGGCCGGGAUUUACGACUUCAUCGUCGAAAAGUUCCCGUACUUUGAGAGGAAUAAAAAAGGCUGGCAAAACAGCAUCAGACACAACCUUUCACUUAACGAAUGUUUCCUGAAGGUGCCCAGGGAGAGCGGAGCGGACAGGAAGGGCAACUUCUGGAUGCUGGACCCCGCGUUUGAGGACAUGUUCGAGAAGGGGAACUACCGGCGGAGGAGGAGGGUGAGGAGGCCCUUCAGACCCGCGAGCGUGCCUUACCUGAGCGGGAGCCCCGCGGAGUACCCCGAGCAUCUCUACCUGCAGCCCUACGUGAGCUCCUGGGGUCUGUCCCAGAGCGGAUACCCGGCACCCCGCAGCAUGUCCCCCAGCCCCCCGGUGAGCUCCUACUGCCCGCCACCCCACUUCCACCACACCGCCUACGCCGCUUACCACCGCCACCCGCCCGUGCUGGUCCCCCACAACGGGUGUCCCUACGGCGGAGUGACCCAGCCGAUGAGCCCGGAUGGAGGCACCGUCUCCGUGCCGUGCAGCUACCAGCAGUUCACCUCCUACGCGCGGCAGGCGGAGGCGCCGCUCCCUCACCGGUUCGACAUGUGAGAUUUUGGUUUGUUUGUGCCACUGACAGCCAUCAUUGACUCAAAGUUCACCUGUUUCAUCAUUUCAGUUCGGCUGUCAUUCAUGUGUCAGGUAAAGUUAAUUAUUUAGUAGUUUGAUGAGUAUUCAAUGUCCUCGCUGUUUAAAAAAAACAAAACAAAAAAAACAACAACAAAAAAACGUUAAAUGAGCUGGUUAUGAAUUUGUUUGUUUCUGAAUUGGUUUCUGCUUCAUAUGGAGAUUAAUUAUUGUCAGCGCUCUACAUUAUGCUUCAGAAAUGUCACAGACCAAGUCUGAACUGCUGGAAGACGGCUAGUUUAAGUCUGAGGCUUAGUUGAUGCCCCCUAUGUUAAACAAUUACUUAAUUUAAUUUUUUUUUUUUUUUUUUUUUACAUUUGAUUGUUUUAAUAUUUAUAUAUAAUUGCCAAUAUUGUUGGCAGGCAUUUAUGUUCGUAUUUUUAUGUUAUUUAUUUCUUUUCUCUGGUUUUAUUCCUUUUUUUCGAGCUGCUAUGCAAUAGUUUGUGACAGUGAAGCACUGAUCGGGUUUUCCGUGUUAUUUGAAUGUUUACCUGAUGUGAAAUACAUCAUGUUUGUUAAAAAUAAAAUGCUAUUUUUUCAUCAAA